GAGUAGCACUCCAUGUGUCCAUGCACAGUUUAGUUUAGUUAGUUAACAGUUGCCGGUGUUAGUGAAUUGAACAAGUUUGAACUUGGAUUCAGUUCGUAUUUGUAGGAAAACCACUGGAUAUCUUAGUUUUAGCUUGCUUAGUAUAAAGGUUUCUAGAUUUGGCAAUCUUAUUCUAAGGUUAGGUAAUACUGAAAGGUGUUUAUAAAUUUGGAAAAAGGGUUUUUUGCUACAAAGUUUAACUGUGCGAGCUAAUAUGGACAUGGAGGUUUCAGGCCACAUUGUACCUAGAGCUAGACAAUCUCAUUGCAUCUUAUUAAUCCAGGUUGGGCCAAUUGAGUCAAGGAUAUAUUCAGACUUUGAAUCUGUGACGGAUUGUUGCAAAGGUAUUUUAAAAAUCUAUGAAAAUUAUCUGGGACAUCUGCAUAAUAAAGAAGCUAUGCUCACCUAUGAAGCUGCAAGUGCAUUGAGAUUCGUACAUGAUGUGAAGGACAUUGCUUGUCUAGUAUACCAUGAAGCCAGCGGGAUGUAUGCGCCAUACCCCCGAGAGUGGAUUUUAGAAAAGCUGCUGAUGCACUUCAAACGUGCGCAGAAUGCUCUAACCAAUGAUCAUGAAUAAAUCUUAUAAUAUAUAAUAUUGUUGCAAUAUAAUGCACAUUUCUCACUGUUAUAAUACACUUAUUUUUACUUUAUAAGAUCUCGAACUUUUGUUGUUCGAAAUAAUUCAACUAUAUUUUUAUAAAUGAACCACUACAGAUAAAGUUGGAGUAUUGUAAGAUACUGAAGUUAGAGUAUUUGGUUCCAAAUAGAUUUAUAAAAAAUUUCAGAACUUUCACUAAGAUUAACUUGACAUUUAUUGAGGACAACUAGCUUUUUCCUUAAUUUUUAUUUCAUAAUUUUCAAAUGUGUAAUAUAUAGGCCAGGAGCCGAAAGUAAAUUUGCAUUGUAUAAGCUAUUAACUCGAGUAACUAGAAAACAAUAGAAAAAUUUACUCUAAGAAAGAAAUUUAUUCAUGCUGAUUUUGGUGGAGGUAGACAUUUAGAGGGAAUGAAAAGGGUUUAAAAAUAUGAAAUAAUGGUUAGUUUGUAGAUCAUUUUAUUUUUCUCAACAAACUUAAAACUAAUUAUCAGAUUUGUUUAUAAACAUUAAAUCACUGUCAGCUAUCCAUGUACAUACCCUUAAAGAGGCCACUUUUUAGUUAACUUAAGAUGAUAUAACUAUUACUUAUGUGUUUAAUGUUCAAUUGUAUCAAGCUGAAAAAAUAUAAUCUUAGUAAAAAUUAAUGUUUUGUAAUUUUAACUCUUUCGAUAUCUUCCAAGUUUGAACUCAACCAAAAAACUAGUGCACCUUAUGAUCAAUUUCUUUUUGGGAAAAAUUACUUGAUCGACAUGAAUAAAGUCCAGGUUGUGUGCGUAUACAGUGCAAAUUUGUUCUCGGCUCCUACACUAUAAUGUUAAUUGUACUCCUUAUUUUGUACACAUACAAGUGCUAAGGUUUUGUAAAAUUUAAUUAUUAUAAACCAAGUAAACAGAAUAAUCUAAUUGUUACUUUUAUGAUCUGUUAUUGUUGAUAGGAAAAUCAGUAAGUUUGCCUUGAAAACUAUCUUCCAGGCUCCACUGAUUAAAGGGUACACAUUUUUUUCAUAUAAUUAGAAAUUUUCGAUUGCACUGCAAUCGUUCUCAAACAGCAGAGUACAUUCCAGAUGUUUCUCAGCCGUAUUAAUUAAAACCUAACCUCCUGAUGUUAAUUUUAUAAGUUAUUUAAUAACUUGUGGCUACUUUAUUAACAAUUUUAGAUUGUUUACCAAUGAGUUGUAGCGUUGGCCAAAUGUCAAUUCCAGAUAACUUUGAACUGCACUAUAUUUUCAUUCAUUUUCAAUAUCUUGCUUAGCAAUACAGUAUAAUAUUUUGCUACAAUGCACAUUACAAAUACAAAGCAGCAAUUCAGUAGAAUACAAACUACACAUUUGCAAGUCAUUGAUAACAGCAGACACCAUAGUAACUACUUCCUACUUACAGUUGUCUUAUUUGAUUAAUGAAAUAGAACUUAGGAGUUUUACCGGUGUGGUUAAAUUUAUUGUCAACAAGUAAUCAAUCAUUUAAGUUUAUUAAGGGUGUUUCUUCAAUAUAUUCGAGUUGUGGAGAUGAAGUUACCCAAAAACUGUCAUUAAGGAAAUAAAAAAUUAAAUUAAAACUUUUGGGAAUUGUGUGUUAUUGGUAUUUUUCAGAGAGGUUUGUGCUCAAGUUUCUUAGUUCAGUAAUGUCUCAACAAUUUGAUAUUUCUAGUUUCAUUUUGAGCCUAUUUAACUCCAGGGCUGAACUGAUUACAUUAAAUGCAUUAUAUUCGUGUAUAGUAAUCUUAAGUAAUGUAAAUUUAAAUUUGGAUUUUUGUGAAUAAAUUGUAAAUAAACAUGUUUCAUUAUA